AUGAAAUUGUUCUUCUUUUUAAAACGAAGUCGCAAACAUUUGAGAAAACACAGGAACGUCCACAGUGACUCGUACAUAUGCAGGAGCAACGUCAGAUUUUUUCACACUGUAAAUUAUGCGCACUUGGCGCAUUUGGUUAGUAAAAAAAGAAGCAAUUCGGACGAAGCGAGUUCGCUGCAUGCUCUGCUUAGCACUUUGACGAAGCGAAGGCAUAGCGAAAAUAGCCAUUACAGUGAAGUUAGCAGUCACAAGGGGCACACCUGCCAUAUCGAAGCAAAUCACUGUGAAUACAAAAACGCUUUAACCAGGUGGAAAGAGCUAGUAAAGAUAUACAUAAGCUGGUUCCCAGAAAUUACCGAAGAUAAAUAUAAGUCGAAAUGUUUUUCCCUACCUACCUAUUUGGUCAUCCAUGUGGUGGUCCCUCGUAGCGACACAAGUCAGACAAAUACAUUGCAACAAUUUGAGGAAUUCAAUUUUGAUACUCUCCUAAAAGGUAUUUAUCGAAAGGGGGAAAACACACCUGAUAGGGACCUCCACAAAUAUCCUCCCGAAGUGCCAAAUCACUCUGUUUACAAUGCAAAAGGAGGAAGCUCACCAAAUGGAGACAAUUUAGGUAGUUACCAUGUACACUACGUUAUCGGAAGAAAUAUCGGCGAUGCGUACAAUAGAGUAGAAAGCGUUGUAAGUGAGGCGGAUGUUGCUGAACUGGGAAUACAAGUAAAGGAUCAAACAGAUAAAAGUGAUAAACGGGAGGUAUACAGCGAAAGAAACUACUUCUUCUCUAUUAACAUGCUUGAACUGAAAGGUAACGAGGCGGACAGGGAGUUACUAAAUCGAUGUAUUAGAGGAAAUUUUACAGAAACAGUUAACCCCUUGGCGAAGUUUCAACCCAUUGGUGACCACCACCCCUAUCCGUUUCUCUUCAUCGUGUAUGACUAUAAAACUCUAAUUCAUGUAUUUAAUAACAUCAGAUUGGAAGUGCCAAAUAUUGGCAGCGUCUUCGAUGUCUAUAUUUUGAGUUCCCUAUUGCAGCUGGUCCAGAGGGGGGAGAAGCUUCAAAAUGUGUUUAGUGCAUAUGCAGCAGAGUCUGGAGGAGGUAUGUUGUCGGUGCUGAGAAGCAGUACGUCCGUUUUGGAGCUACCCACUCCACUCAUCCUAUGUAUUAGCGAAAUUGAAAGGAGAGGAAUUUUUUUAAACCAAAAAAAAAUUGAGGAAAUUCACCAGAGUUGUAGUAACCCCUUAGUGUAUAAGGAAGAGAUAGAACACCUCUGUGAAUGUAACAUCAAUUUGAAUUCGUCGAAGCAGGUUUCAUCUCUCAUAUAUAGACACUUGCUCGAUCUUUCCCUCAGCCCUAACGUGGAGGUAGUCACAACAAAUGGAGAUGCAAUGCCUCAUGCGGAGAGAGUAAAUUAUGAUCAUACUGUUGGAAGGAACAAUAGUGGUAAACCGUUAAGUCACACAUGUGAUGGAUUUUACGAGGAGGAAGGGAUAUUUGAAUGUGGGGAGGAAAACAUAGGGGAGGAAGCAAAAGGCCCACAGUUGAAAUAUUGCAAAGGAGCGAAUAAAGAAGAUACGAUGAGGAGGGGAGAAAAGAUAGAAAAGAGUAACUUACUGAGAAGCAUUAUUACGAAUGGUAACUACACUGGUUCUGUGACAAUGCCGUCUUUGGCCAUCGGGACAUCGGAAGAAACGAAGCCAUUCCCCCAACUUAACAACACCAUUAACGAAAUGAGAAGAAGCAAAAGUCUGCAGACGAACAACAAAACGCUCAAACUGAUUGUGGACGAAAUUGAACGGAAUGAACAUAUAACAGAAAAGGAAAAGGAAAAAAUAAAAAAAAUUAUCAACAACGUGAAACUGUACAGGGAGUCCAAGAAGCUGUUUCAGAAUUAUAUAGAAAAUUUGCCCAAGUUUAUACAGAAGGAGACGAACAAGAUUCACUGCAACUUCAAUCAGAUAGGAGCGUCCACGGGCCGACUCUCCUGCGAGCAGCCCAAUCUGCAGAACAUCCACUCGAGGUUCCGCUGCGCGAUAUCACUCAAGGGGGGGGAUGUUGGCAACGGCAAUCGAGGCAGCGCAGAAGUAGGAAGGGAUAAGCUAACCACAGCGGAGCAGCCUCCCCGGGAAAAGUUAACCUGUGAAGUAUCCCCCCACGGAAGCGCUCCCCACGGAGGUGCCCCCCCUGAUGGAGAAAACCUCAUCACGUUCGACUACAAGCAAAUGGAGUUGUUCGUCAUGGCGUACCUCAGCUUCGACGUGCAGUUACUGAAGAUGCUGCAGAGCGGCGAUGUCUUCGUUGAGACCGCCAAGGUACUAUUUAACACAACCCAAGUGACUAGCGAGCUAAGGAGAAUGACCAAAACGGUGAUCUAUGGGAUACUAUACGGACAGACUGAAAAUGGAUUGGCCAAAAGCCUCCUGAUAAGCGAAGGAAUGGCAAGUAAUCUAAUUUCGAAUUUCUUUCAGGUUUUCCCAAACGUGUACCGAUUUAUGCAAAUGCAAAAAAUUUUGCUCAAGCAUAUGAAUAGAGUAUACACGUUAAUCGGGCGAAAGAGGAUAAUUGAGCCCACCAUAAAAAAUAAAUACCGCAUAAGUAUGAACACGCCGAUUCAGGGGUGCGCGGCAGACGUCAUGAAGUUCGCCCUGUUGUCUUGCUUCCGCAUCAUGACGCAUGGGCAUGGGUGCCAUGCCGCAAACGAUUUCAGAGGUGUGCAUGGACCACAUAGCAAGCAGGACGUGCACUCCACGUGUGAUUAUCCCCAGAGCGCACGCCUGUUAGAAAUAAACAACGUGAGUGCAUCCCUCCUGGAAGAAAACAAACCAUUCCUAAAAGCAACGAAAUUAAUUUUGCAAGUGCACGAUGAAUUGUUAUUUGAGAGCACCAGAAGAGCUACGGCCCCUAUCAUUCGACUCUUCAGCCCCGUCCUAGAAAACGCCUUUUACAAUUUAAUUCACUACACAAAUACGUGUGAUAGGUUGGUUCUUCUUUACGAUUACAUGCAUGAUCAUAUUUCUGUUCAGACAUAUAUAGAGUAUCUACAGCUAUCUAAUAAUGGUCAGACGUGGGAUCCCCACUCCUAUGGACCAAAUGAUGAUAGGAACCAUAAUUUGUCCAACAAAUUAAAUUCAAUUUUUGAAAAGUUUAAUUUUAUGUUACCGAUUAAGGUAGAAACGGGAGACUACUACAAGGAGUUUUCUUAA